CCAACAACAACAACUACAUGAACAUGGCAGAUGUCGCUGGUGGUGGUGAUACAUUCCACACCCCCAGCCUGGGAGACGAGGAGUUUGAGAUCCCUCCCAUCACCCCUCCUCCAGAGACAGAGUCUGGCCUGGGCCUAUCGGAUGUGGACUCCCCCUUCCCGGGGCACCCGCUCCAGCACAGGGGACCCUUCACCCCCCAGUUCCCCCCUCAGAGCCUGGAGCUGCCCUCCAUCACCAUCUCACGCAACCUCAUGGACCAGGAGGGGCUCUCCAGCAUCAACGGCCUGCCAUUGAACAUGCAGGGCCACCUCCACCAGUACCCCCCUAACCCCGCCAUGGUCAUGAGAUCCAUCAUCAGCAUCAACAACCCCAAUGGUAUGAUGUCCCGGAACCAGCUGACCACCAUCAACCAGUCCCAGCUCAGUGCCCAGCUGGGCCUGAACAUGACAGGACCCAAAAUCCCCCAUACUUCGCCCUCACCACCAGCCAGCAAGUCGGCCACGCCCUCACCCUCCAGCUCUAUCAACGAGGACGACCAAGACCAGGACAAUAGGGUAAUGGCAGGAGAGAAGCGCCCAGCGCCAGAUGCUGGGAAGAAGCCCAAGACCCCCAAGAAGAAGAAGAAGAAGGACCCCAAUGAGCCCCAGAAGCCAGUUUCAGCCUACGCCCUGUUCUUCAGAGACACACAGGCCGCCAUUAAGGGUCAAAACCCCAACGCCACCUUCGGAGAGGUUUCCAAGAUAGUGGCCUCCAUGUGGGAUGGCUUGGGAGAGGAACAGAAGCAGGGCUAUAAAAGCAAAACAGAGGCUGCUAAAAAGGAAUAUUUAAAAGCCCUCGCUGCCUACCGCGCCAGCCUGGUUUCAAAGGCUGCCCAGGAAUCAGCAGAGGCUCAGACCAUCCGUUCAGUCCAGCAGACCCUGGCCUCCACCAGCCUGUCCCCAGGUCUGAUGCUGCCUUCGCCACUCUCCCAGCACCCGUCCAUGUCCUCCAUGUCCUCCAUGGCCCAGGCUCUCCAGAACGGCAUGCCACGGGCCAUCGCCCCCAAGCCGCUGCAGAUGAGGCUGGGGGGCAACCAGAUCGUGACCUCGGUGACGGUGCAGCACCAGAACAUGCCCAACGGUGUGCCAUCCCAGCUGCUGAACCAGAUGGGUGGAGGUGGUGGAGGAGGGGCCAUGGUGGCCGGAGCCCAGCCCACGGCCAUGUCCCAGAUGAGCCCGCCCAUGCAGGGUGGCGCGGGGGGGCACAUGCAGCAGCUGCAGCAGCAGCAAACACAGCAGCAGCAGAUGCAGCAACACCUGCAGCACCACCAGAUGCAGCAGCAGCAGAUGCACCACCAGCAGAUCCAGCAGCAGAUGCAGCAUCAGCAUUUCCAGCACCACCUCCAGCAGCAGCUGCAGCAACACAACAUACAGCAACAGCAGCAACAACAACAACAGCAGCAGCAGCAGCAGAGGCAUGACAUGCAGCAACAGCAACUGCAACUCCACCAGAUGCAGAUGCAGCAGCUCCACCAGCAGCAGAUGCAGCAGCAUCUCCAACAACAGCAGCAACAGCACCAGUCCCAGUGUUCCCCACCACAACACUCACCUAGCACGCCUCAAUCAGUGGGGGGCUCCGCCUCCAUGGGCAGUCCCCAACCCGCCCCCCAGCAGCCACACCCCUCCCAGAUCCAGGCCCAUGCCCAGGUUCUGUCCCAGGUCUCCAUCUACUGAGCCAAAUGAAUGGAAGAUAUCUAUCUUAUCUCAAAGAAGAGGAAUAGAAAUAAAAGCAUAAUUUCCACGUUGCUUUUCUAAGUUGCACUUAAGAAGUGUGUAAGAAUUAGAAUGUUUUACAAAGAACUUGUCCAUUGUUAUAGACGGAUAUGAAUACCUACGUAGACAUGUAAAGGGGCAGAUACCUUAGCUGGAUUUUGUCUAUAAAAUAGGCUGCGCUAUGAGGAAAAGUCGGUAGGCAAAUGCCCAUUGAUUGUUUAUUGUUUGUUUGUUUGUGUUUCUCCGCUCAAUUGUCAAUUCAAAACUGACUUUGGGCACAUUUGUGAAAGGACUGGUGUACCUGACUCACACAGGGGAAGGAAUGCCCUGUUUUUAUUUAACGCUAAAGCUUUAUUUAUGAGGUCAAAGUUGUCAGUUCAGCCCAACUACUGGACACAAUGAAUGGAUUUCAACAGGCAUUUUUUGCAGCUCUAACCUCUCCCAGAGAAGAACACCUGAACUGAAUGACUUACAGGUACAAUACUGGAGACCAGUAACCCACACAUUAAACUUGUUUCCACACUGGCCAGUAUAUUAUGAGACUUUCUACCUUUUUCCCAUUUUUCUCUUGCCCUACAUUCCUGCAGAUGUAACUGUUUAACAAAUUGUCUAAAGGAAACUCUCCAUAAACCAUCAUGCAUUUCAGGCCAAUGUGAUAUCUGAGUGCAUUCAUCCUAUGGCAUGAAGGCAAGAGACAAUAUCUUAAGGAAAAAGGGAACUGAAAAAUGUCUUUGGGAUGGGGGAUUGUGGGGGUUGCUGGAUGGAGGAAUGGAGGAAUGGACAGACUGAGAGACAUAAACUGCCAUAAGAUAAUUUAUGUCAUAUGUCAUCAAACUGUAAAUGUAACCUACUGUAAGUGUUUUGUAGAGUUGGGGACCUCCUCUUUCCACUAAAAUACCCAUUUGUUCAAAAAGUGUGUGUAAAACUGGCACUCCAAAAAAUCCUCCUUUUAUGUAUUUGUUUUUACCUCAGAUGUUUAACAAUUAAAUUAUGUUUUUUUUGUGUGAUAAAGGGGAUAUUUUAUGGUAAAUGAAAAAUUCCACGAUCAAGGUUGAUGGUUUCAUGAUUGAUUUAUGUAUUUUUACACUACGUACUCCUUGAUACUACAAAACUUCAAAAGUAAGAAGAAGUAGCAGAGACACUUUGUUGCACUGUCAGAGCCAAUUGAAAAGGCAAUGGGGGUAUUUUCUUGCCAGAUGAAGUGAUAUAUCCAUGAUGAAAAGAGAAGCGUUGUACAUUUUUCAUAUCACCUGUUGUAAAGUUUUAAUAUGAGGCUGUAAUUAAAACAUUGGUAAAAUGACCUGUAUGAUUACUAUAUCACGUAGUGCAUUUCUGCUCUUUUAUACUUUUUUAUGAGUUAUAAUAGCAGCAAUUCAUUUGUUUGUAUUUUGCUUACAGA